CAGAAAAAUAAAUAGAAAAGCACAUGCACUUUUUGAGCUUUUCGUAAUUCAUUUGCGGCUAUUCGAGGAGGAAACUUGGGACUGCGUCAAUGCAGUAGCUAGGUGUUGAUAUUCAAAUUAAUUCCAGAUAAGAAUGGACUACCAGCGAGUGGGCGAGGCAUCGCCUCCAUCAUAUUCAGAGGCCUCACCCUCGGCUCCACCGCCAGAAAUGGACAUGGUCCACUGUGACUCCAUGCCGGCGAAGCACCUUUAUCCCCCGGUUCCACCGUACCAGCAGGUAACACCUUAUCAACCAGUGCCCCAAAUGCCACCACCACCGCCACAAGCCCCAGUCCCAGUUCCAGUUAACGUGGUGCAUCACACGACCACUGUACUGGUGGACAAUCCCGGGCAGGGAAUGAUCUGCCCAAAGUGCAGCGCCCGGAUUCGCGUUCGCACGGAGCACCAUGCCACUGGAAAGACUUAUUGUUUGGCAGCCCUGCUCUGCCUGUGCUUCUGCUGGCCAUGCGUAUGUGUUCCAUGCUGCUGCAACUGUUGCUACAAAACCAGCCAGUUCUGCCCCAACUGCAACGCCUGCCUCGGAACAUUCUAAAGACUCACAUUACAAUCAUCAUAACAAUAAUUGGAUACUGGAAGAUAUAUACAUUAUCUUAUA